AUGGUGUCCGACACUUCUCCCUUUCCCUCUCCAGUCAAACGCUGGCACAAUAAAGCCCAGCCAGCCGGCGACCCUAGCCUCCCAGUUCUAUCUCAAAAGGGAAAAUCGAUACUCGUCACCGGAGGAGGCAACACGGGCAUCGGAGGAGAGACAGCACGCUUCUUCGCUCGCGCAGGUGCCGCGCGCAUCGGUCUCCUAGGACGUCGUGAAGGCCCUCUUCUCGAGAACAAAGAUAUCAUCGAGAAGGAAUAUCCCGGCACAAAGGUCUUCAUCCAAAGCACUGAUGUAACCGACGAGGCUUCAGUCAACUCGGCCUUUGGCAACUUCGCCAAAGACGGCAAAAUCGACACACUCAUCCACGCCGCUGCAGCUAUCGGCCCAACCGAGAACUUCGCUGACGUUGACGCGCACAAGUUCCUCAAAGGUAUCACCGACAAUAUUGAGGGCUCUUUAUGGGUGGCUAAAGCUUUCAUACGCCAUGCUGCACCCGAUGCGCACGUCGUUGCAAUCAACUCCUGGGGCGCGCAUUUGAGUCUGAACGAUGCUUAUGCCUCCUACUGCGUCGCUAAGAUGGCCGCUUACCGCUUGUGGGACAUGGUACUCCUUGCGAAACCUAAUCUCAGCGUCUUCCAUACCCAGCCUGGCGUUGUGUUGACGGAGAUGAACCGCAGAGUCGGCGGGGCAGAUAGCUUCAAAGAUGUCAAGACUGAUGAUGUCACUCUUCCAGCGAGCUUCAAUCUCUGGCUCUCCACCCCAGAGGCUCGCUUCCUCAAGGGCAAGUUCUUGUGGUGUAAUUGGGAUAUCGACGACUUGAAGUCUCGUUCUAAGGAAAUUGAAUCGGGAAGGCUACUCAACAUCGACCUCAAUGGAUGGCCAUUUGGGGCGAAUGCGAACUAA